AUGAUAGUAUUAGUGGUGGAAGGGGAUCAUUGUGUGUUCCCCGCAGAGAGUUCUCUCCAACGGGUUUGUUGGGAUGUACAUAAAGAUAUUCCCCUCGCCGCCCCACGGCAUCUGCAGAGACUUCAACAAUUACUGCCCAGACCUCUUCCACUGGAGGAAAUAUCUCCCUUUCGUCUCUGGAGAAGAAAUGAUAAUAAUAAUAAUAAUAAUAAUAAUAAUAAUACAAACAGAGAUAUGAGAGUUUCAUCAUUUGAGAAGGGGGAUUCUCAUCUUUACAAGAAUAUAUGGGAGCCAUUGGAUGCGGGUCUUUCACCAACACAAAUGGGACUCACAGAUGGUAGUAUCUUAUUUCUCUCUGGUGAUCCUUUUACACUCUUUACAUCGGGAUGUGUAGGGAUUCCACGAGGUCUACCGUAUGAUAGUAAGAGGAGGAGUAAUAGUGGUAGUAAUAUAGACCCAAAUACAGAAAUAUCAUUUAAACUCUUUACAGAAGGAGAUGAGAAAAAGAAUGACAAAAUAAAAGAAGAUGAAGAAGAAGAGGAAGAAGAAGAAGAAGAAGAAUGUCCUUUUUGGAUUCCACUACUGCAUAGUCUUCUUCGUUGGAAACUGUACAAUUCAAUCAAUAAUAACGAUCUUUUACUAUGUGGAACAAGUGAACGUCGUGUUGUUAAGAUUGGAAAAAAUGGUUGGAUCAAUAGUCUUGUGGGUUUACCGUUUUCUCUUGGAGAAUGGUUGGAAUUAAAGCGAAUAAGUGCUGGUGGUGCCUCUUUGCCUGUAUGUGAGCGAACUGUUUCUUGGUCUGUUUGCGUAAAUGUGAUGCGUAAAAGAGAUGUACGAGAAAUAGUAAACAUCAUGACAGUUCAGACAUCUCAUUCAAAGAAAUUGGAAAACUCAAGCGAUGUGAAUAAUAAUAAUAAUAAUAAUAUGAAAGAGGAUCCAUUGUUAGAAGUUUCCAAAUAUUUUAGACAAGCAUUCUCUCAUGCAAGAGGAUCAUCAUUAUCACUAUCAUCAUGGAAUUUAAAAGAGAAUAAUAUAGGAACACGUCUCUUAACAAGAGUUGUUUUCCCAUCAAGAGCAUCUCUACCCUCUGUAGAUAUUGAUAUCCCACCUAAGACAUCAUCAGUAUUAUUAUCAUCAGAAUUGGUGGAAACUGUGAAUGAAGAAGUUUUAAAAAAAGAAGAAGAAGAAAAUGAAAAAGAAAGAGAAGAUUGUGGAACGUUAGAGAAUGAAACGGAAACUUCUAUGAACCACGAUAUGAUAAAAGUGAAUGAGGAAGAAGAAAUGACUGUAUAUGAAGAGGAAAAGGAAGAGAAUAAUAAUAAUAAUAAUAAUAAUAAUAAUGAGGAGGAGGAUGAUGAUAUGAGAGUUCCACCUUGUGUCCUUAUAGGACUCGCAUCUCCUCUUAUUAUUAAAGAAUAUCUUCUUUAUACUGAAAGUACCAAUAAAGACUAUCAGAAACCACUUGAUGGAUACUUUAUGGAUCCAUAUACAGGUAUAUUUUUUGUUAAUGGGGUUCCUUCUCAUAUGUUGUUUAUACAUCCAAUUGUAUCUAUGUUACCUUCAUUACCAGCUACAAUAACGAUGAAAGCAGAUCUUCAUCAGCAGGUGUUAAAUGUUAUUAUGGAUGGAGAAAUAGUAUUUGCAUAUCCCAUGUCCAUGUGUACAGCAGAGGAAGUACUGCAAAUGCAGCCUGUAGUUCAAAUCUUUUCAUCUGGUGCCGUUGUGGAUAUUCAUUAA